AUGUACCAAAAUUUUAAUCAAGCUUCAAGCGACACAGCAAAUAUGAAUAUGAAUGAAGAUCAAUUUCUUCAUUUCUUCGAGAGAGUGAUUACAGAGAGUGAUUCACAACAAAAUAUUCUACUUUGUAAUGAUGAUUCCCUCAUUAAUGAGCAAUCACAACAAUUUUCAAAACAAAACUCAAAAAGCAUGCGUUUCAAUUCAGUGGGUCAAUCACAAUUUCAAAUUAAUAGCAAUAAUAACUCUACUCCACAGGUACAAAAGUUCGGUAAUAUGGACAUUAAUUAUGGAAUCGAAAAUAACAAUAAUAACAUUAAUCUAAUUAGUAAUAAUAAUAUGUUGGUACAACAACUAACACCUUCUUCUUCAUCCUCAUCUGCAUCAUCGAAUUCUUCAGUACCAUCGAUGUCAAACACUAAUAAUACAGUAACCAUCGACUCUAAUAUAUUAAGUGCACUCAAUAGAGGUACGACAGUAGAUAAUGGUGAAUCUAAUAUAGAAGAAAGUGAUCCCACGUUAAUAUUAAAGGGAAACACCGAUAUUUCAAAUGGUAAAAGUUUACCCUCGUUAAUUUCUAAAUUGUCACCCUCCAUAACACCAGUAUCAGACCCCGAAAGUAAAGAAGAACGAGAUGCUGAGUCAACCAGUUUUACUGAUGUCUCUCUUCCAAUCGUUAAGAUUAAUAGCAAUCAUAAAGUUGGGAAAGUUAAGAAAAGAAAGAAGAAAACUUCUCAUAAUGUUAUCGAAAAAAAAUACAGACUUAAUAUCAACGACAAAAUUUCUCAACUUAGAGAUAUCGUUCCAACAAUUAGUGUCACUUAUAAAGAAUUUUUAAAGGUCCCAAUCGAGCAGCAAGAUAUCAUCAAUUUGGAUGGUUUAGAACCAACUCAUAAAUUAAACAAGGGUAGCAUUUUGAACAAAACUAUCGAAUAUAUUAAACAUUUACAAAAACGUUGCGAUGAGUACAGAGUCAGAAAUGACUUAUUGGAAAAAUAUUUUGUCAAUUAUCCUCAAGCCCAGCAAACAAACAGUAUUCUGAAUGAAAAUUCAUAUGUCAAAAGAGAAUAUGAGAAUACAUAUCAAUGA